GCCUGUCAUUUGUUUACAAAAAAUUAUAAGUUUGUAAAUUCUAUUCUGACAACAUUAAAAACAGAAAAAAUGCAUAGAUGAACGAUAAUCUAAACUUGAUGCAUUUGCAAGAGUUAUCUGCUUAUAUUUUAAAGUGCCGUUCAAAAUUCGAAGAAAUCCUGGAGUUGAUAAUUUAUAGUUUAGUGAUUUUUAUUAUUCUCAAUGCACUUUUAUUUUAUUUAAUUCACCAUACUCGCAAUGGAAGAAAUAAAUCAAGAUUUAGACGAUGUACAAAACUCCCUGCAGAUGCGUCGCGUGUACUUUUAGUUACGGCACAUCCUGACGAUGAGUGUAUGUUUUUCGGCCCAACUUUAAUAGCUUUAAGAAAAAGAAAAGAAUGCAGAAUUUUCGUUCUGUGCUUAUCUAGAGGAGAUUUUGACAAACUAGGGCAUGUUCGCAAAGAUGAAUUGUGGAACUCUUGCAAAGUUUUCAAAAUAAAACCUCAAGAUAUCACAUUAACUAAUUGCACAUUGCUGCCAGAUAAUCCAAACAUUAACUGGAAGGUUGAAAUUGUCUCUCAACUUAUUCUCAAUCACGUUGAAAUGCUUGACAUAGACUUGCUAAUUACAUUCGACAAAGAUGGCAUUAGUCAGCAUAAAAAUCAUCAAGCCAUUUACUACGCAACAGCAUCACUUUGUCUCGCUGGAUUAAUGCCAUCAACUUGUAAAGUUUUGAUUCUUGAAACAGUAAAUAUUCUAAGAAAAUAUUUAUCGCUAUUCGACGUUGUUAUAAGCCUUUUGUUAUCAACUAAUUGGACGAUUCUCAAAUGGUCAGAAAGGAAAAUAGUCCAAGCUGCAAUGCAUCAGCAUAAAUCACAAAUGGUGUGGUUUCGAAAAUUAUACAUCAUUUUUUCUCGUUACAUGCUGAUCAAUUCUCUUACAGAACUCAAUCAAGAAUCAAUUGAAUUUGAUAUACUCGAGUCUUAAACAUCAAAUGGGAUUAAAAGCUUUAGCCAAAUAUAAAACUCUUCUGUAAAUUAGUUUUUUGUUACUCUUUUUAAUUCACUGCAAUACACACACACAACAUGAAAAACUAUUUAAAAUGACAAAACAAAGUUUGAAAUAAAAAAGCAAUUAGCAAAAUCAAA